CUGCUGAUUCAUUGGCUGUGGCGAGGCGCGGUCUGGCUCGGCUCGGCGCGGCGCGGCGCGCGUGCGGCGUCGGGGGGCGCGGGCGGUGCCGCCGCCCGGCCAGGUAGGAGGGCGGGAGCGCGCGUCACCGCCCGGCGGCUUCAUCCCGCCCGGCGGCCCCUCAGCGCCGCCUCGUCCCGGGGCGUUCCAGGGGGGCCGCGCUCGCCUCGGGGCGCCGCGGCGCUCAGGGGGCUGGUGGCGCGCCCGGCCCGGCCCGGUGCGGUGCCAUAUUGAAGCUGUUACUAGCACAGAGAAAUUUAGGUUGGAAGGGACCUCUGGUGGUCGCAUGGUCCAACCUCCUGCUCAAAGCAUGUUCAACUAAAUCAGGUAUAUAUUUAUUGAGGUGCAAGAUGUCUGCCCUGAGGCUGAUUUCUAACAGAACCUCCCAGCAAGCCUUGUCUAACUCUGAUUACACCUGGGAGUAUGAGUACUAUGAGUAUGGACCGGUGUCGUUUGAAGGCCUGAAGGCUCAUAAAUAUUCCAUUGUGAUUGGAUUUUGGGUUGGUCUUGCAGUUUUUGUCAUCUUCAUGUUUUUUGUCCUGACCCUGCUGACAAAGACGGGGGCACCACAUCAAGACAAUGCAGAACCUUCUGAAAAAAGAUUUUGUAUGAACAGCUUUGUGGCAGAUUUUGGAAGACCUCUGGAGUCGGAGAGGGUCUUUUCUCGUCAAAUAACUGAAGAAUCCCAGUCACUUUUCCAUUUCUGUAUUAAUGAAGUGGAACAUUUGGGUAAAGCAAAACAAAGUCAGAAGGGUCCAGGUCUGGAGAGUAAUACCCACUUCCAGGAAGUUCCCAGGAGCAGUGGAAUGUUUGAGGAGGACCUGCAUUGUCUUACAAAAUUUAACAUACCUAACUUUGUGAACACUGAGCAGAAUUCUUCACUAGGUGAGGAUGAUCUCCUCAUCUCAGAGCCACCAAUCAUUUUAGAAAGCAAAUCGGUCAUUCAAUCUUCCCAUCAGAUCCUUGACUGAAAAGUCUUUUACUUUAAGGUAAAUGUUCCUGUUAUUGUCCAGUGUGAAGCCUUUCUUGGCCUUCUGUUAUUUUCAUUUCAGGCCUGUGCUUUGUAUUGUGUGCAAGACUGGCUCCGCUGACAGAACUCUGUUUAGACAAGAAGUAAAACACUGCUUUAUUCUGGUGCCUUCUGUGGUCUAAACCUUUUGCUCAGCAUUAUUUUUGCUUCUUGAUACUUUUUAAAUUUCUUUUUUUGUUCUGUGUUUUUUAAAUGACUGCUUGUGUCCAGCUUUUGAAGGGUACCAUAAUAAUAUUAUGGGGACUGUGAAGGCUGGAGCCUGGCAUUCGAGGUGUACGAAAACUCCUUGGCCAAGAAAAGUGUAAACCUCAAGUUAAGACUGGAGCAAGGAAUCAACAGGCAGCCCCUGGGGAGGUUCUACAGCUUCUGCCGCUCCCGAAAAGGGACACCUAAAACUCAGCACAAUGCAUAUCUGCUUGGCAUUAACACCAGUUUCUGAUUCCUCACUGCUUUCCAGUGCAGGUUAAACCCAACUUACAAAGCUUCCAGAGGGAGUACCUUGCAUUUUAAACUGGUUACAAAGUUUACGAAAUGAUACCACCACCUGCUGCUGAGUAAAAGCAAACUGGUGCCUGUAAUUACAUUACUUCACAGUGACAUUCUGAUAGGUGCCCAGUGAUCACCUGGAAUUAGUAUUCUACACACACACACAGAGUAAUUUGACACUUUGUGGUUUUCUGGUUUGUUUUGGGGUGGCUUGUUUUUUUGGUUUUUUUUUGGUUUUUCUUGAUUGGUGAUGCAAACUUCCAGUUCGGUAAGUGCAGGAUUCAGUAGCUGAAAUCAGAUGGAAACUGUUAUCUUUUGCCAGCAGUUAUUAUAUGCAAAUGGUGGUCGUAUGCUAAGCUGGUGUUAUGUUUUGAGGUUGAAGAUGCGUAGGUUGAACCUUCCUAUAGUUUUUUGGCUCUAUAAAUGGCUGUUUAUUGACUAGUGGGCUCAGUGAAGGGCUGGCAGGCUUUGCGCUGCUGAGAGGACCAACUCCAAAAGCAUAGCUGAGCUGCACUUCCUCCAUCUUUUUGUAGUCAGUUGCGAUGGUGCUGCCACCACAGCUGUUCUCCCAGGGAAAGGUUUGUUAAGGAAUUGGUGAAAUUUCAACCUUUAAAUUUAUUUCUUAGAGAGGAGUGAGGUUCUGAACCUUAGCCAGUACUGAAAUCAUGUUUCAGCUUUCUUCAGAAGAUGGUAACUAAUGGCCAAAUGGUUUUAGAGCAAGCACAGAGGAUGCAGAGGAACCAGGUUCAAACCCUUUGCUGGACUUCCAGUGAGAGUGCUCUGCAGGAAGCUCUUAACUGAAAUGAAACGAGUGGAUUCAACAUACCGUGCCUGACUGGGUUUUCUUGAAACUAACCUGCUUUGUUAUAGGUGUUUGAGUCAGAGUGAAAAUGCAGCAAUGGCCUGCUGAUACAUUUUUCAGACACUUAAAUGCUGAUACACUCAUUGUUCUUUCACCUGACAAAUAGAAAAAGUAGUGAACGGGUUAUGCAGUUAGAGAAUACAGAGUGGGGGAAAACUUUUGGUUUUAUCUCUUACAACCUUAUAAACCAUUUAUACCUGAAUUUCCUGUUGUCAAAUGUAACUUUUGCACUACUUCCUAGUGUUUAAAGUAAUGGGAUUCUACUUAAAGCAGAGCCUGUUUAAAGCUAGCAGAUUACUGUUGGAAAAUAGUUCCCAAGAGAAGACGGAUGUGAACCCCGUUACAAAUGAGCUUAGCUGCACGGGUUGCAGUGGAGGUCUCCAGUAUGCUGCUUCUAAGUACUUAACCACAAGUAUGAAGGCUGUUAGCUGUGGGCUUCCCUUUUCUCUUCCCAAAUUAAGAAAUUUGAAAAAUCUGAAUGUGGCAACUGCUUCCCGCUGAGGCACCUCAAACAAUUGUUAACUAUCUGAUGGUUAAGCUUUGUCUGAUUGUUCUUGCUAACAAGCUCUGGGACUUCUACUAAAUGUGGCUUUUAUAGCCUGUGUCAGGGUGAGCGAGCUGCCUUCAGUGAUGUUUGAUCUGUUCUUUUCAUCUGUUUUUCCUUUGCCAUGCUUGAAAACAGAAGAGCUGCUGAAAUGAGGGGAAAUCAGUGUAGAACCCAUUUCCUCUGCAAUUAAAAAAUGAAGUUUAUUUUUAAAGCAUUUAAAACUGCAUUUCAAAAUAAUGCAGGUCUGGUUUUAGAAAAAUAAAAGCUUGCUAUUACCCGUGGGCUAACCUAAGUUUUCCUUCUGCUACCUUAAAUCUUUUUGGCUUUUGAACUGCUACGUUAGGGAGAAAGAAGUGUUCAUGUGUAAGAAUACUGGUGACACUUAAUGCCUAGAUGAAAGGUAUUUAAUAAAGUGAGCAAGAGGUAAUGCCAACUUAA